UCCUUCUUCCAGUCAAUAAAAGCCGAUAUCUCGCCUACGUCUCAGUGUGAGUUAUUGAUGGUGCAUCAAUUUUAUUGACUGGAAGUUUUAAAACAUGGAACCCGUUUUGCGUCCGGACCGGUUGGAUUUGGACCCUCAAGACCCUGACGCAGCUCUCGCUUUUGAACACUGGCUUGCAUGCUUCCAAUCGUACUUGGCGGAGCUUUGUGCGACUGAACCCGCCGUUAUGCACAGAAUCCUACUCUCGAGGGUCUCCUCCAAAGUUUACUCCUUUAUCCGGGACCUGCCGACCUACGAAGGGGCACUGGACGCCCUCAAACGACAGUACCUGCGGCCGGUGAACACCGUCUACGCAAGACAUCGCUUAGCUACCCGGCAACAGCGGCCUGGCGAAUCGUGCGCUGAGUUUCUCUGAGCACUACAGACACUCGUCCGAGCUUGUGACUGCAAGACGCUCACGGCAGAACAGCAUGCGGAGCUGCUGGUGCGAGACGCCUUUGUGACGGGACUGAGGUCAGUGUACAUGCGCCAGCGGCUGCUGGAGAACUCGGAUCUUACCUUAAGCUCGGCGAUAGAGAAGGCCAACGCUCUAGAAGCUGCGCGGCAUAACGCCGACGCUGUCCAGUCGCGCGAUUCCCCGCCGGUUUCGUGGACGCCUCAGACCCCGCCACCGCCGGCUCCCGGGAGCGAAUUCGCCAACACCACGGCUGUGGCCCGUAAGAAACUCGUGCUUUGUUAUUUCUGUGGCCAAAAGAAACAUCCUCGACAACGCUGUCCAGCGCGAGAAGCGACCUGCUCCAGCUGCGGAAAGCGGCCUCCCCCACCGCUGUUCGCCAACCUGACCCCCGACUGUAAACCUGUGGCAACCAAAAGCAGGAGGUACAGCGCGGGGGACCGGGCCUUCAUUCAGUCGGAGGUGCAGCGGCUGCUCAGGGAGGGGAUCAUUGAGCCGAGCACAAGCCCUUGGAGGGCCCAGGUGGUUGUUGUUCGGACUGGGCAGAAAAAUAGGAUGGUGGUGGACUAUAGUCAAACCAUCAAUAGGUUUACGCAGCUUGACGCAUACCCCCUACCCCGCAUCGCGGAUAUGGCGGGCGGCCGGCUCUAUCACUUCCUGCGCGUCCCUUUCGGUGUCACGAAUGGUGUCUCUGUCUUCCAGAGGGAAAUGGACCGGAUGGUGGACCAGUACCAACUGCAGGCCACAUUUCCCUAUCUGGAUAACAUCACCAUCUGUGGUCAUGACAGGCCAGAUCACGACGCCAACCUCCAACGGUUUCUCCAAGUGGCCGCAGCUCUGAACCUUACUUAUAACAGGGACAAGUGUGUUUUUGGUACCACCCGCCUUGCUAUACUUGGGUAUGUCGUGGAAAACGGGGUUAUUGGGCCUGAUCCCGAACGUAUGCGCCCCCUGUUAGAGCUCCCUCUUCCCACCACUCUCAAGGCCCUCAGACGGUGCCUGGGGUUUUUUUCCUAUUACGCCCAAUGGGUCCCCCAUUACGCAGACAAGGCUCGCCCCCUGGUCAAGUCUACCUCGUUUCCCCUCUCUGCUGAGGCCUGCGCGGCCUUCAACUGCAUUAAAGCGGACAUUGCCAAAGCUACGAUGCAUGCAGUGGACGAGACCGCUCCCUUCCAAGUGGAGUGUGAUGCCUCCGAUUUCACUCUGGCUGCUACCCUUAAUCAGGAAGGCAGACCAGUAGCAUUCUUUUCUCGCACCCUCCAAGGCUCUGAAAUUCGGCACUCCGCGGUGGAGAAAGAAGCCCAGGCCAUAGUGGAGGCUGUUAGGCACUGGAGGCACUAUCUUGCUGGCAAAAGAUUCACUGUGCUGACCGACCAGCGCUCGGUUGCGUUCCUGUUCAGCAACCAACAGCGGGGCAAGAUCAAAAAUGAUAAGAUUUUGCGGUGGAGGAUAGAACUCUCCACCUACACCUAUGAUAUCCUGUACCGGCCUGGCAGACUCAAUGAGCCCCCUGAUGCCCUAUCCCGGGGAACAUGUGCUAGCACACAGCUCGACCAGCUGUACGCCCUUCAUGCACAACUUUGCCAUCCGGGGGUCACCCGAUUUUACCAUUUUGUGAAAGCUCGGAACCUGCCGUACUCCCUGGAGGACAUCAGGACGAUGACCAGGGACUGCCAAAUUUGUGCCGAGUGCAAACCGCACUUCUACUGUCCUGACACGGCACAACUUGUCAAGGCCACCCGCCCUUUUGAACGCCUGAGUGUUGACUUUAAGGGCCCCCUUCCCUCCACUGACCGCAAUGUCUAUUUUCUCAGUGUUAUUGACGAGUUCUCACGGUUCCCCUUUGCCAUCCCCUGCCCCGACACCACUGCCACGUCCGUCAUAAAAGCCCUGCGCCAGCUCUUCACUCUGUUCGGGUAUCCCUGCUAUAUCCACAGUGAUAGAGGGUCCUCCUUUAUGAGUGAGGAGCUGCGCCAGUACUUGCUAGCUAGGGGCAUUGCUACCAGUCGGACCACGAGUUAUAAUCCCCGGGGUAAUGGCCAGGUGGAGCGGGAGAAUGCCACAGUGUGGAAGGCCACACUUUUAGCCCUUAAGUCCAAAGGGUUGCCGGUCUCUCGAUGGCAGGAGGUCCUCCCUGAGGCACUGCACUCUAUCCGCUCUCUGUUAUGUACGUCCACCAAUGCCACCCCUCACGAACGCCUAUUCUCUUUUCCCAGGAAGUCUGUCACUGGGACCACCCUACCAGUUUGGCUGACGUCCCCGGGGCCAGUGCUGCUCCGGAAACAUGUGAGGAGCAAUAAAUACUCCCCGCUGGUGGAGAGGGUUCACCUUCUCCAUGCGAACCCCCAGUAUGCUUACGUGGUCUUACCUGAUGGGCGGGAGGACACGGUCUCCAUCCGCGACCUGGCACCCGCAGGUGCAGCAGACCACUACCCUGAAGGCUCUCCGGUAACUGUGAACCCUGCACCAGAGGUGACACCGUACUCACCAGGCCCUACACAGACUCCUCACGACACUUGUAUACCGGGCGUUUCGUACGCAUUUAUACCAGGCGCCUCGCACAUGCAUGAGGGAUCACCGGCGCCUAGUGGGCAAGAACACGCGCAACCCCCGUCCCCUGUGCAAUCGCCAAUGUUGCCGGCACCUAUGCGGUCACAGCUGGUGCUACGUAGAUCGCAGCGACAGAUUCGACCGCCUGAUCGGCUUGACUUGUAAGAACCUUCGCUACAUGAGGACUUUUUCAAACGAAGGGGGGGUGAAUGUGGUGAACUAUGUGCCUGUCGGGACACGCCCCUGCUGACUGCUCCUGUGGCUCCUCCCACAGGCCCCUGUAUAAAGGAGACCUGCGGCCUGAAGAUCGGCCUCAGUCUCCAGGACCUUGUAUGAUAGACACUCACUCCUGGUUCCUUCUUCCAGUCAAUAAAAGCCGAUAUCUCGCCUACGUCUCAGUGUGAGUUAUUGAUGGUGCA